AAUAAAAGUAUUAGUUAUCAGCAAAAAUGGGCACAAUACAGUUGUCAGGAAAAAAACCGAAAAGAGUGAAAUGGGCAGAAAAGAGGACGGGAUGUUCUCGUCAUGUGUGCCAUUGAUUGUCUUUGAGUUAUUUUUCCAUGUCCAUUUUCUAAAAGGAAUAAUGAAAAUGAUUCUUGUCCAUAGAAAUAAACCUAAAGGAAGGAAGUGGGAAGGGGCGUGGAGAGGGGGUGCUGGAUGCAGGCGGUGGGGGUGCGAACGGUUUCUUCUGCGAAAGAAUUAGAGGGCAUAAUAAGUACUCCUCGGAGGUGGCCAACUCGCUUUGCAAACUGUUUAGGGAUCCGAGGGUCGCUAGAGAAGAAGAUCACGCAGCGCGGGCCCAGGCGCCAAGGGCGGGCGAGGGCGCAGCCCCGGGGGAGGAGACGCGGAGGGGACGCGGGCAGCUCCGGGGCGGGGCGCGGCGCGGCCGGAGCGGAGCAUGGAGGCGGCCGCGGCGGCGCGCGGAGCUGCAGCAGACCUUUACCCAGUGGAUAUUUUGGAAGAUGACCCCGAAGGGCAUCAGGAGGCAGCUCUGGCUUACUAUGCUUCGCUUAGGGCAGGCGUGCGGCCCUCAGCGGAGGUUUUCUCUCUUCCCACUGGGGAGCAGGUUAAACUCGAAGCUUCGUCUGUUUGCUUUUGCACCGUGCACUGUGAUGAACCUCAGCAGAAAAUAUUGGUCUUGGUUAAUCCCCAGGACACAAAGACAGUUGUGGCUGUUUACAUAAAGGAGAGCUGGUGGACCACUGAGGAUGUCCUGAGAACCUCUGAUCCUGCACGAGAAGGUCUGAUGAAGGUUCAGUCAUUUGGGGAAAGGAUUGUGCUUUUCAUUCUAAACGUCGUUAUUUUUGGAAGAUUGGAGAGAAAUUUGGAUGAUGAUGCCAUGUUUUUUUUACCUCACUCUGUGAAGGAGCAAGCUAAAAUUCUGUGGAGAGACGGAGCAGCUGUUGGAUUUUACACAACCAAAAUGAAAGGCAGCCUGUGUGGCAGUGGCACAGGUGCGUGCUACCUGCUGCCUGUCUUCGACACCGUGUUUGUGAGGAGGAGAUGCCGUCGCCAGGGCCUGGGCAUGGCCAUGCUGCGGGACUUCUGCGAGGCGUUCCGGGAUGAAGAGGCCCUGGGGCUCAGCUGCCCCGUCUCUCCUGCCAUGUACCAAGUCUGCAGGAAGUUCCUGUUGGCGCGGCCGGAGGAGCGAGGGCGCCUGUGGGAGGUAGAGCCCCCGGGAGCCUGGGGCCAGCGAGGCAACAUCUGGCUGAAGGUUCAGCUUCAACGGUCAAGCCUUCCAGACUCUCAUCCAGGAAAUUCCAAGGAGGAUGUGAGCGGUCACAGGCGGACUUCUCAAGACAAUGGAUCCAGACAGUCCACAAUGGUGAAGGCAGCGAGGACAGGAUCAGCGGAGAAGAACUGAAAGAGACAGAGAAUGGUUAAGACUGUGGAGUGACAGAUGCUGCAGGGCGGUGUGGGAGAGCCUGUGGGGCUGAGCCAGAGGGGAUGGAGGCCAAGAGGACAGCAGUGGACGCCGGCCUGGCUGGGGCAUCAUGGCAGACAGAAGCAUAGAUGGCUGAUUCCUCAUUCCCAGGCCCCAGGCUGUCCUGUCCACCGGCCUGUCCUGGGCCCCAGGGGAUGUGGGAUUAAGAGCUGCCCAUCACUCCCACUUGUCUGGCCUCUGUCCUUGCUGUGCCAUCCUUUGAGGAGAAAGUGACCACACAGACCCCACCUACCUCAGGCCUGCUGUGUGGUCUCAGGUGAGAGAAAGUCCGAGAAGGUGCUUUGUUUGUAAGCGCCCAGUGCUGCAUGGGUGCAUAGGAUCAUUUCCCAAGCUUGGAUUUCGGGAGAUCCUUCGUUACACCCCUUGUGGUUUCUGUGACUCGGGAUGGCUUUAUAAAGACUGCGCUGGCACCCCACGAAUGCACCUCUUUCUUCAGCACGCGGAACUCGGAGAACGGCCACCCCCUCCGGUCUGCGCUGUGGAGAGAGUUUGCGAGUCUGCCCAUGCCAGCCCUCUUGUGAUCAUGGGAACACUGUCACCAGAGGGGUUUCUGGGGAGACACCUUCCUUUUCCAGAAAAGCUUCAGCCACGUUGGCAGCAUCCCGACGGCAGGGGCAUCAGGAUUUCAGCCAUCUCUCUCUCUCUCUCUCUCACACACACACACCCUUGUCAGUCAGGCUGAUUCCUACUCACGCAUCUGCUCUCAGCUCAGAUGUCCCUUCCUGACCACCUCCUCCUCCUCUUCCCAUGUGGCCUCAGAGCACUGGGCACUCAGCUGUGACUCCAUGAGCCUCCACCAGGGUCAGCCCUGGGUCUGCUUAGUUGCCUCCUGCGUCCCCAGUGCCAGAGUGGAGCUGGCCUUCAGUAAGUGUGUAGGGAAUGACUGGUGACAGGUCACCUCAGGAGUGAGGGGUGAUACCUUCUUUCUCGUCCUCUGCUGCUAGACUCUGGAGAGAUGGGUGGAAGAACAGAGUUUCAGCUUUUUAGGGAUACAGUAAACCUAUCCCGGAAUCUGGGAGUGGGGAGACCACCACUGGCAGUCCUGAGUGCCGGCAGGAUAUCACCAGCUGUUUCCCUCACUGGGCAAAGGACGCAUGUGGUGGGACCCCUGUUACUUAUUUACUCAUCCAUGUUGCUGUCUGUUCACUCAUCCAUCCAUCUGUCCAUCCAUCUAUCCAUCCACCCAUCCAUCCAUCCAUCUCCCCAUUCUUCUCUCCCUUUCUCCCUCCAUCUCUCCCUCAUCUUGACUUCCAUGCACCCACCCAUCUGUUCACCCAUCUAUCUAUAUACCUGUCUACCCACCCACUCACCCACCCAUCUGUCCAUUCAUCCAUUUGUCUGCAUCUGUCCAUCCAUCUGUCUGUCUGUUCGUCCAUCCAUGCAUCCAUUCCGUCCAUCCAUCCUUAAGUACAGCAGCUAUUCAGUGUGAUUGCUCAGGGACAAGCUCUGUGCGGUGCAGUGGGGAGAUAGUGAGGCACGGUUACAGGACUCAAGGAUUAACUAUUCUCUCUGGAAGGGUCUCUUCUGGAAUGUUCCACUGGAGUUGUUUUCUCACACCUAUCAGUUAAAGAGGGAAGAGUCUAAUUGAAUAGAAGUAGAAUCUGGAGACAUCCUAAAGGGCACCCGUGCAUGUGGGCUCUCUGUGAAGGAGGCACAGACCAUAAGAGGGCAGUCAAGUCUGCAGCUGGGAGCGUGCUCGGUGUGUGUGUGGUGCCCGACAUAACCUUUCACGUGUGACGUAGACAUGUGCUGUGAACAUUGUACCAUUUGAGAUGAAUGAUUGGUGCUUUCUAGUGUUUAUGUGAAUAUGAACUGACGGAAAUGUCUCAGGGGCUUGGUGAAGUUACUGUUCAAUAAAACAGUCCUCUCAAGGAAGAAAAACUGAUGUGCUGAUGUAGUUCACUGAAGGCCGUGUGCACGAGCCACACAGAGCUGGAAGGGAAUCCUCUGAGCUCGUGGAAACACCCCGGGCAGCGGCACAGUCUGUCUGGCCUGGGGCUGUGUGUAGUGUUCCUUUCCACAGGGCGUGUACGGGGAGUGUUGGUAAGGCUUGUGU